AUGUCCUACGAGGGUAUGCCUCCCGGAGCUGAGAUGGCAUCCAUGGGUACUGGCUGGCUUAUCCGCCCGGACAUCCUCGUGACUGCUGGACACUGUGUUUACGACCACGCCGGAAACGAUGGACAAGGAUUUGGCCGAGUUAGCAUCAUGCAGUGCCACAUUGGAUAUAAUGGUCGCGACUCCUUGAAAGAUUCGUCUGUGCAGACUCGAUUUGCGAAGAAGAUCGUGACCACUGGCGAGUGGAUCGAUAGCCGAGACAACCGUCAUCGCGACGUUGCCUUUGUGCAGCUUGAUGCACCAUUCACCGGCAACCUUCGCACUUUUUCAUUUGCGCCAACUCCGAUGAAGGGAGCCGAGAUGAUCGGUGUUGUUGGAUAUCCGGGUGAUAUGCACCUCGAGGAUAGCGAUGGGAUUGAUGAAAUUGGCGCUCAGAUGUAUGAGUUGUUCCAGGACAUCAAGUACAACCUGGAAGAUAACGCUUUGAAGAUGCUGCAAUACCGCCUUUCUACCUUUGGUGGCCAGUCUGGAUCUCCUGUUCUCCGCAAGAAGACCCCUCAGGUGUCUAUUGGAGCCCACUGCUACGGUGGAGCUGACAAGAAUUCUGCCAGCCCCAUCGGAGGUCAGUACGGGAAUGACUACAACGCCUACAUCUCGGCCUUGACUACAUCCUAUCCAACGGUCACAUCUAUUGCGGGCGUCAACCUUGUCAAGCCCAACGCUCUGUCUACCACCACCGCAGCUCCCACUCUCCCAGGUCGUGAAGCCCCGUCCCCAGAUCUCGUAGUUGAAGGAGAGGAGGGCUUCUUCGAUGCUCUCAAGUCUGUCGUUGGUGUUGUUGCUCGGGUAGGAAAAGUCGCUCUCCCAAUUGCCUCUCCUCUGCUCGGGCCUCUCGGUGGGCCCCUCUCCGCUGUUGCUGGUGCUGCCCUGUCGGCUGUCGCCAAUGCCGCUGGCGCCGAGUCUACUACCGUGAGCAUCCCACAAGCAACCCAGGGAGCAACGGAGCGUGCUGUUCUCGCCGAGGCAACACUGCAGUCUGUCCUCAGAAUCCAAGACCCGGAGCUGACAGAGAAACUCCUCCGCGACAUGCAAGUUACUUACUCCGAGCUGGCUCCGCAUGUCACCAACCUUGCCCCCAAGAUGACUCCUUUGCUGAAGGAUUCCGCCCUGAGAAUUGCUGUCACCCAGGACUACAUGAGGAAGAGCGACAAUGUGAAGCUUAGCGCUCGCAGGGGUAUCAGAAAUGAAACAGAAUCUGUGUCAGCUGUUGAUGCGAUUCAAGCUCCAUUUGUCGAAGGUCUGCUGGAAGCAACCAGACCUGUCGAUGGCGAGGAAGGUUUCUUCGAUGGACUUGGAUCUUUCAUUGGCAAGGCCGUGACGAAGGCAGCACCUUUCGCUCUCAAGGGUGCCAAGAUCGGUUUGCAGCUUCUGAACAACGCAUUGGCACCAUCUGGGGAGGAAAGUGUGUCCCAAACCCAGCCUGAGGACAAAGAUGAUCUGGUUGCUGCCACCUUGCUCACCAAGCGGGCUGUUAUAGCCGAGGCUGCCCUGCGCGCCGUCAUGAAGCUUGACAAGAAUGACUUUGACCGCGCCUCUCAGUCCCAGACGGAGUCACUGUUUGGCCCCGAAGGGUUCUUCGACGGCAUCAAGUCUAUGGUCCAGGUCAUUGGGAGUGCCGUGUCCAAGGCCGCCCCGAAGGUGAUCAGCACUCUUUUGCCGAUCGCGGCAGAUGCCUUGGGUAAGAAGAUUGCGGGAUUAUCUUCGAAAAACGAUGGUCUCUCGCCGCCACCAGCGCUCGUCAGAAAGCAACGAUCCUUUGCUGAUAUUAAUGCGGCUUACAACCCCGGUUCUGCUCUGGAGGUGAGUGUCACUGAAAACCUUGCCCCUGCCAUGGAGUUUUCUGCCAAGUCCCUUUCCACCCCUGUUGUAAACGAAUUCAAAGAGGCGAAUCUGGAUGCUCUCAUCACGACCCGCAAUUCUGAUUUCUACAAGAGGCUCCGAUCCUAA